CACAGGUAACAGCAGCAGGCUGUCAAUCACACAGCCCAGCAGCAGCAGCAGCAGCUAGCGCCCGGGGAGGACAGACCUUGUCUAGGCAUGGCCUUCCCUGUUGAUAUGUUGGAUAACUGCAGCCAUGAUGAACUGGAGAGUUUGUCGGAAGAUUAUUUGUCAUACUUGAGGUGUGCUGAUCCUGAUAACCCGGAGUACUUAAGCCUGCGAGAUGGACGAGAGUUGCCAAUAUGCCUUUCUACAGUAGGGUACGUGCCUCUCUAUGGAGGACACCAGGCACAAAAAGUCCUGGCUCUGUUUGCACCUGAAGAUACACUGACAGCUGUGGCUCUGUACCUUGCUCAUCAGUGGUGGACAGUUGAUGAUACAGUAAGGACGUCCAAACCAUCCCGGGAUGGCCUACAGCAGGUCCGGACUCUUGGAGAAAGAGUAGUUCUUUAUGUGUUGAACCGAAUUAUUUAUAGAAAGAAGGAGAUGGCGCGAGACGAGGUCCCCUUUCUCUGUCACAGCAGCUCUGAUUAUGCCAAGAUUCUGUGGAACGAGGGAGAAGCUAUUGGAUUUUAUUCUGUCAAGCCUGCAGGAAGUAUAUGUCCCAUGUAUCUUACCCAGAGCUACACGCUUCCAGUUCUGGACACCAUGUUUGUUAGGAAGAGAUUUCGAGGUGAAAAUUUUGCUUUGCAAAUGCUGGAAGAUUAUGUGGACUCCUUCACAGAAGAAACACUUGGCCUGAGGUAUCCUCUGUCACCGACAAUGCAUGCAGCCUGCAAGCAAUAUUUACAUAAAUACCCUGGAGACCAGGAGCUGCUGUGGGAAGUGGAAGGUGUGGGUCACUGGUUCCAAAGAACCCUUAUUUCCAGUAUACUCAAUAGAGAAGCUCCAGGAUUAUCGGAAACAGAAACUGACAAAGAAGAGCUGAUUUCUCAGUGCACAGAAAAGUCCUCGCCAGAGCCUCCUGCAGACUCCCAGGCUCUGCAUACCCAACAUUCAGAUCCUGAACUAACAGAAACUGGCCAAAUAGAAGAUACUGAGCAAACACAGGCAGAAGCAGAGGAUGAGAAAGACAAUGAUUCCAUUGCCCAUAAGAAACCUGGUGAGACUCCAGUCUCUACUCGCACCAGGAGUAGCCAGCUGAAACGGCCAAAGAUUGGAAAGAAACUAGAAGAUGCUGAACCAGAACCCGAAGUGGCUGAUGAAAGCAGGAUGGACUCAAAGGAACAGAUAGUGGAGACCUUUAAAGAGCUGAUCCAGCAGCUUGCAGAAGACAAAGACGAGAAUGAUAUGACCAAACUUCAGGAGGAGAUCUCAGCUAAACCUGUGCAAGACAUGCUACAUGACAGUCAAGAACUACAGAAAGCACUGCAGGAGAAUGCUGACAAUAAUCAAGCCCUCUUACCUGUCAGCCCUGAGCCUCUUCUGGGUUUACUUUGAUUGCAGGAGUCUGACCUGGAGCCAGUGAAUGGUGACAUCACAAAGGACAUUUAUGAGCCUCAGCUGGUAAUUGCACAAGAAAUAUCAACAGAAGCUUUGGACACCGAGUCCAAUUUAGAGCCUGGAGAUAGCGAUAAAAAAUCUCUCACUACUUUGGUUUCGGUCAACAUGGAUUUGGAAAAAUCUUUUGAAGACUCCUUCCCAGACCAGGUCCUUAAUCCCGAUGAACUUGAGACCACAACACAUGAAAAUGUAAUAACUGCGGUGGAGCAGACAGAAAUACAAGAAGAGGAAUUCAAAGAGAGGAUGGUGGAGAAGCCCAAUGAAUUAUGUGUAGCAGAAGCAAAUGAGGACUUAACAGAUAAUGGUCUACCUGGAUACACAGAAAGUAAUUCCGGAGAAGAGUGUGCUACAUCGGAUGAUGCCUUGACCCUAGAGACUGCCUCUAUAGAAACAACAGUCAACGUCACAGCAGAUAGUCUUCUCCGACAGGGCCCUCUGCUUGUGGUGGAACUACAAGAUGUGGCUUUCCAGCAGCAGUCUGAUGGACAGAGAAGUGUUUCUGGAGACCAGUCUGAAGGGUCUGUGGAGACAGAUCAAUCUGCACGGAAAUCUGUGGAAAGAGGUGGGGAUAGCAGCUCGGAGGAUAUGGAAACUGGGAUUCCUGUUAUAGAAAGAAGAGGAGGAUUACGCAGGAAGGCCAGGGCAUACAAAGGACCUGCUAAGAGAAGAGCCAAGCUGUCGGCUUAGGCGACGGCAGUCUAUACCCAUUAUGUUAACUACGCAGUAUUUGUAAAGCAAGAUAAUUUAGCAUUUUUUUAAAAGUUCUAUAAGGUUGUGCAACAUAGAUUUCAGACAUUUGUAACUGUUCAAUUUUAAAGUUUUCUGGUUGGUGUUA